CUAACUGUCAAGAACUUCAGAGGCGUGGGUUUGCGAGCGUUGCAAUCAUCCAGGGUGAGCCGGUAGCUUUCGAGAGCAAAAGUGGUAGAGAAAAGUGAUGAAAAUUAGGCCCGGCCCGUAGAGCUUUUGUGAAUCGUAGCAUGCUCACGGCGUGUGCUCCCACAAAAGUGACCGUUAGCCGUCGUUUCUCCUUCUCGGGACCAGUGUUAUGACGAGGCUCAACGCCGCACACCGCCGAGGUACGAAGACGUCAUAGCCCUCUCUCUUCCCCAAGCCACCAGUGCGACGAACCUACGUGCUGCGCGAACCAAUGUUCAAAGCCUUUGUAGGCGCCGCAAGGACGCUCCUAAUACACGUCAGUCUUGUGUGUCACAGCUCGCACGAUUGUUGAAGUACUCAGGCGAUGCGUGCGACCACUUAGGGGUCUCCAAGUUCACUGUGCUUCAACGCCUUCACGCCAGCAUGACCAAAGCUGCGAUGACCAAAAAUUCGGGAUGGCGAUAAAGUCUUUCGCUUUCUGCAUCGUCGUCUGGCUUCUAGGAUGCACCUGUUGCUGCAAGGAGGACAUUGAGAGUGGUUUUGGUGACAGUGCCAGGACCAAUGGAGCUAAACAUGCCAGUCAUGCUGCUGUUUCUGCAUCAGAGUCUGAGGCUCCAACUCAGGAGUUUCCUGAGCAUUCCAGUGACUUUGAAUUUGUUCGACCACAGAAGGCAAAUGAGCUACCUGUAUCACCUACCAUGGAGGUUAUAGCACAAAGUAUAGGUUUAGGUUCUACAUCUUCAAAUGAAAACCCAGAGCAAGAGGGACAGCAAAGUUCCCUGCCAAAUACAAAUAUUGUUUCUGCUGAUAACGAGAAACCAAGGGAAGCAAGAUAUAUUUUAGAAAAUGACCAAGCACCUUUAGCGUAUAGUGCUAAUCAAGCUCCUGAUCAAACCAAUGACACAGAGCAUGUGAAAGCCGUGACAUUGGACUCUAUCGCUGAUACUGAUAGAAAUACUGUGGAACCAGUCUUGCCAGGAGCCAAGCAAGAUCAGGCAUCGCAGAGCCCAGAUAACACAAAUACAAGGGAACCCAUAGAACUGGAAGAAGAAAGCUCUGUUCCGAUCUCUACACCUGCAGCAGUGGAGACAAACGAGCUGCCUGACAACAUGCUGAAGAAAGAAGGGGACGAAGGUAGUGACCAUGAUCGCAAGGAGUCUUCAGAAAAAAUGCCCACUUUUGUAGAAUGGAAGCAGAAGAUGUUGGCAGAGCAUGAGAAAGGUGGGGAACAACUACCUGAAGUACGAAGUAGUCCACCUAAGAAAAAGCCAACCGGGAGCAAGAGCCGGCGUAACUAUGCCUCCUACGAAUGCGGUGCCAAGGUGCUCGCAACCAACGCAGAAGCUGAUGGAGCAGGACGUGUCCUUAGUGAGCAGAUGGAUGAGUACAUGCUCAACCCAUGCAAAGCCAAGAUUUGGUUCGUCAUAGAGCUGUGUGAAAUGAUCCAAGUUUCUCAGGUUGACAUAGCCAAUUUUGAGCUCUUCUCUUCGAUGCCUAAAGAGUUUGCAGUGCUGAUGAGUGACAGGUAUCCUACAAGGGACUGGACUCCACUUGGCAUUUUCACAGCACUUGACCAGAAAGUAGUCCAGAGCUUUGAGCUCCAUUCAGAAGCGUAUGGAAAAUACAUCAAGGUUGAGUUGCUGAGCCGUUAUGGAUCGGAGCACUACUGCCCUCUGAGCCUGGUGCGUGUUUUUGGUACCUCUAUGAUUGACGACUAUGAACAGCUGGUUGAGAAGCCUCGGGAUCCUAGUGCUCAGGACGAUGAUGAAGAAGAAGCUUCAACUGAACGGUCUGCUUCCAAGAAUGUUGUGGACAGGGCGAAAGACGUUGUGAUCAGCCUCUUUAAAGUGCUCAGGAGAGACCAGGAAGGAGAAGGUGUGGAUUCUGUGGCAAGUGCUCCCUGCAAGGAUUUACAUGCAAACUGCAGUGUUGUGAAUGCGUCUCACCAAGCACAGAAUGCAACUGCUAGACGCCUUGGCUGCCAACAAAACAGAAGUCGCCAAUUUUUUGGGUCGGUGUUUCAGCCAUGCACCAUGUGCUCGUUGUUUGUGGGCCAGUCAAAAGUCACUCAGACUCUUAGUGAAACCAUUGCCUGCCGGUUUCUCCGUACCGCUCUGUCUCUAGAGGAUGACUGCCCCAUAGACGAGCCUGAUGAAGAAAGAGAUCCCAGUAAGAGCACUGGGAGCUUUAGUGACGUGCCCCAGGAGACAGACAGCAGCUCUGAUUUGACAGCAGCAAGUUCCUCUUCUGAAAUGACUACGGUGCCAGUCCCAAUCCAGUCGUCGUCAACAUUUUCUGCGAAUGCCACAUCUGAAGUGGAACAAUCAAAAUCUGUUGCUUUGCCCAGUAGUGACACUGCACAGCCAGAAAGCAUGAAAGCUUCCUCUAGUCCUAUGAGUGCAACAGCAGCCUCUAGUGUCGAGGCAAGUACCAGUGUUGACCAUAAGAGCCACUAUGACAAUGAAACAGAGUCAGAAGACUUGGGCAGUGCAUCUGAACCAUCUCACAGGGAGAGCACAACACUGCAUACUUUAACAGCUUCUACAACUCUUCAGAGUAGCUCUCAAGCAUCUGAUUCUACAACAGAUUCGGUGACAGCGACUCCAAUAAUAAUGGAUGUACCCACAUCGGUGAAGACGAGUCCUUCAAGCACAUCAACUGCUGGUGCAGAGAUUGCAUCUCCUGUGGUGGACUCUGCAUUGCCAAAUAGUGUAACAACUGUUUCAGGAGUGCCACCUACGAGUGAAGUGGACAGUGGUGUCUUGGCCGUGGGACCGGAGACAGAUGGUGGCAGUGUAGUUGCCACGAUACCUUUGCCUCUGGAUGAACUCGUCCACGAUGCCGAUCUGCAGCUGAGGGAAGCAGGUGUUCGUGCUCCUCCCCCCGAAGCAGGCGCCUUAGCUCUUAGCAAUCAGCGAGAAUCUGUGUUCAUGCGCAUCAACAACCGCAUCAAAGCUCUUGAACUGAAUAUGUCCCUGAGUGGACAGUACCUGGAAGAGCUGAGUCGCCGUUACCGGCAUCAGAUGGACGACAUGCAGCGGGCCUUCAAUCGCACUGUCAAUGCACUCAACAAGACUGCUCAGAAGGCUGCUGAGAAGGACCUACGUCAGCAAGAGACCUUGGUGCAGCUUCAGCAGCAGCUGGACAAUCUGACUCAAGUAGUAAAUACUCUGCUAGCAGAGCGCCAAACACUGAGCAAGCAGAUCUUCGAGAGCCACAUUUGCCUGAUCCUGAUCGAGGCCAUCAUCUUGGCUACGGUGUUCUCAUUGUGCCUGCGCCGCAUACGUACCUCACCAGUCAUGCUGGCGCAGCAGGAGAGUGCAGUCCGGCCCCUGACCCCUGGCCGCCUGGUACUGAAGCGACGCACAGCAUCUGUCGGCCAUGAGGAGCGCAUUGAGGAACUUGCCACUGUGGCAGAGAAGAAGCAGAGGCCUAGUAAUGAAGACUUAGGCACAAACAACAGCUUUGUCAUUGUGGAGCCUACAAUGCCCAUUGUUGUGGAAGCCCCACCAGCUCCAAAGGAAAAGGCCAAGAAAGUGAACAAGCAGAAAAAGCACAAGGGACCCCGACGCAAGACUUCACUGCCAUGCUACCCUUCAUCGAAGACAGAAACAGGCAGCAGAGCAAAGGAGUCUUGCAUUCCAGAAAGCAACGCUGGAGUUCUGUUUAGUAGCAAGGAUGCACCAAGAAACACACCACCAGUGCCGAAAACAGCUGGAGCACGUACACCAGUGGUUGCAGCGGCAAAGGGCAUAGGAACAGGCACUUCCAAGUUCCAGAGAGGUGCUGAGAGUAAGGGUGGCCAGAAUGGGACACUGAAGAACACCAGCACAUUGCAGCCAGCGGACUGCAUACGGUGGAGUGGCCAGAGUUGUUGUGACAAGGAUGAUCGUCUAGGGCUUAAGUUCCUGAGGCUACCCGGGAAGACCCCCGUCUAGUCAGAAAUCAGGCAAGAAAUGGGACUGAAGGAUUCAGUGAGUGUGGGGGUGUGUGAUGUGUGCACAACCAAAGCACUGGCGUGCCAGGUUCGUUUAUUUAUUUUUUAAGGCAGUGUUGCAGCCAACUCUUAGGAACGAAGUUUUAUUGUAUGUGUGUGUGUGUGUGUUGUGUGUGUGCAAGCGUACAUUGUUUUUACCUUGUUCUACUGCUAUUAAAUAUUUGUUCCUUUGA